AUGAACUUCUGGGAAUAUCGGAGCGCCGUGUCUGAAGAGAGCGCCGUGUCUGAAGAGAGCGCCGUGUCUGAAGAGAGCGCCGUGUCUGAAGAGAGCGCCGUGUCUGAAGAGAGCGCCGUGUCUGAAGAGAGCGCCGUGUCUGAAGAGAGCGCCGUGUCUGAAGAGAGCGCCGUGUCUGAAGAGAGCGCCGUGUCUGAAGAGAGCGCCGUGUCUGAAGAGAGCGCCGUGUCUGAAGAGAGCGCCGUGUCUGAAGAGAGCGCCGUGUCUGAAGAGAGCGCCGUGUCUGAAGAGAGCGCCGUGUCUGAAGAGAGCGCCGUGUCUGAAGAGAGCGCCGUGUCUGAAGAGAGCGCCGUGUCUGAAGAGAGCGCCGUGUCUGAAGAGAGCGCCGUGUCUGAAGAGAGCGCCGUGUCUGAAGAGAGCGCCGUGUCUGAAGAGAGCGCCGUGUCUGAAGAGAGCGCCGUGUCUGAAGAGAGCGCCGUGUCUGAAGAGAGCGCCGUGUCUGAAGAGAGCGCCGUGUCUGAAGAGAGCGCCGUGUCUGAAGAGAGCGCCGUGUCUGAAGAGAGCGCCGUGUCUGAAGAGAGCGCCGUGUCUGAAGAGAGCGCCGUGUCUGAAGAGAGCGCCGUGGUGCCGUGCUGGUGA